AUGGUCUUAAAAGAUAAAAAAAAAAAACUUCAAUCCUUGCGAUAUUUAAAAAAUAAGAAUGCAAAAAAGUAUCCUGAAAAAGAAACAAAGCAAAAUGAAAGUGAUGAAAAUAAACAAAAUUAUUUAGAUGAUAGUGAUUUACCAAGUUAUAAUAGUAAUGAUGAUGCAUUAAUUAAAGAUAAGGAUCAAUUUUCAUAUAUCCUAGAUUCAGAUGAGGAACCAUAUGAAAUAAAAAAACAAAAUAAAAUGAAUAUAUCAAAUAAAAAUAAGCAAAAAGAGUCACACAUAAAUCUUGUAUUAACAUCAGUAGCUUUAAAUAUUCCACCAGGAAUGAUAUAA